GCCACCGGCAUUGAGGAUGCGGUAAAAACGGGCCUCGAAAGCCAGCUGCGGGUGACGCGUCUUCACAGGCUCCAGCUUGAUGGCCACGGGACUGUUGUUCUGUAUGUUCGUGCCACGGAAGAUCUCACCAAACGAGCCGGAGCCAAUCUUCUGGCCGAGUCGGAACCGGUUGCCUAUCAGCAUCUCUAUGCUGUUGUCAUUGGAAACCAUAUUGCACGCUACUUUUACGGUAACUCUUGCCGCCCUCCUUCUUUCCCCCCUUUUUUUAUUGGUGCGCUUUGCCCUGAACUGAAAGUAAUGUUACGUUUCAGGGCAGAUUCACUUCCCCCAGCGUUCUUCAACCCAAAGUGUUGCUUAAAAGCGUACAAAGUCAAGAAAGCAGAAGUAGCCGAAGUAGCGCGAAGGCCAAGACGUUUGUGUGGCGCUGGACGCGAGCAGGCAAAAGGGCGCGAGUGUAAAAUGCAGACGGAGCGUGUGAAAUGCGGCACCUUAGCAUGCUGCAGUAUUUUUUUUUUUGGUUUCCUCCGUAGAGUGCAGACUGAAUGUCUCUUUGUUCUGUUUAUUUUCUUUUUUUUUUUUGUCCUUCUGCUGGGUCAGCUUCAACUUCCUUUCUCUUUUGCCCUUUAUUUCACAUGUACAUCUCGGCACUGA